CUCUCUCUCUCUCUCAGUGUGUGUUUGUGUGUGUGUGAGUGAGUGUGUGUUUGUCUGUGUGUGCGUGUGUAUAAAAGCGUCUCUCUCCAUGCUUUCAGUUCACCCUCAGUUCUCCAUUGCAUUGCAGAGACGACGGACUCAAGUCUGUGGAGAGGGGAGGGAGACAUGACCAGAGGAGAUUCCUGAGAGAUGUUUCUGUGACCUUCCCUCUCUUCCUUCUUUCUUUCUUUCAUUAUUCCUUUCACAAUGUGUUUUGGCUCUCUUUCCUUAUCUCCUCCUUCAUCUUCUUAAGAAUUCUUCUGCUCUGCUUGGACGGUGGCUUCAUCGAUGCAAAAUGGGUUGUGGCAAUUCCUCAGUUACCGGCGGCACAGGAGAGGGGCCAGCAGAAGCCUCCAAAGAAGAGACAGAAGAUCCUCCGGUAGACGAUGAGAAAAGAAGGAACUAUGGUGGUGUGUACGUGGGUAUACCAGCAGACAUGACCACUGUGGCUACUAGUCAGUCCAAGUCCACACAUUCAGACUAGCAGCGGCUAGAGGAAAGUCACCAUGGGUACACGGCUUGCUCAGCUCUGCGUCGUGUGAUGCAAACGACUUCAUUCUAUGUCUCAGCAGGAUCCUGCAAAUUCAUUCACCUAGAGUUACUGACGUUAUAAUCAGGGAGCAUGGUAAGUGCUCUGAAUCACCACACACUGGCAAAAACUCUCAGGCUUUAACACUCUUCAUUGAACGAGGACGCCGCCUCAUGGAGUCAUGUGACGCACAGCGGAGGUCUGCACACGGCAUCCCUCAUCAUCACCCUUCACUUUGCAAAAAAAAGAAAAAAGAUGAGCAUCAGAGUAGAAAAAAGCGCCCACCCUAGGACUGGCAGCUGUGGUCAGCUGUGGGCGGCUGUGGGCGGCGGCAGCAGCGGGCAUUGCGACGGCCAUCUUGGCUCCGUGGUUGCAGCGCUGGAACGUUGUCUUUCUUUCUCAGGAUAAGACAGGGGGAACACAGCCAGCUCACUCACGUGAUGAACUGCCAGGGAGUUGCUCACAUUCCCUGUUGCCCUCUGCAAUAAUAAUCACUGCUCAGUUAUUUCUCUAAAACACCAUCAAUGAUUCAUUGUGUGACGGAGACAGAGACAGAGAGAACCCUGAGUUUCACAGACAGCAGACACUUCCCUGAUAAUGAGUCACAGAACCUUGCAUUGCAUAAAUUACUGAUAUCUGUUGACACUGGGCUAAGCUCUCAUAACAGCAGUGGGAUUAGUCUAAGGUGUUUUUAAUAGACUCCCCUGCACCUAACUAUCCUUAGUGUAUCAGCCAGGUCAUACCUUUUUGUGCCCCAGACUGAUGAUGUAACAUCAGCAUAUGAUUCAUAGAUGAGUUCUCUCUCUCUCUCGAACCCAGAGUAUGAAUGGAAGCAGACAUUAUACCACUCCCCCCUUGUCUUGGUUUAUUGCAUUGCUUUGUAACACAUGCAAUGAUUUUAUUUCUUUUUGUAAACAUGAUGUAUAUCAAACUUAAUUGUGAAUGUUGUUUUACUGCGUGUAUUUUUUUUAAUGAUGAGAACAACUGCUUGAGAAUCAGUAAAAAGUGCAUUUGUUUGGCUCUAUUUUCAGCUGUGGAGUAUUUAAAGCAGGAUGGUGUAUGUGGGUCUGGCAGCAAAUGACAGUGCCCAGGACAUGUCACGCACAAAAUUAUCCGACUAAAUAAUUUGAAAGUAUUCGUACAACUAUGGAGAAAUUAGAUACGUCAUGCUUUUAACACAACACUUGUUUGAAGGAUUAAUUAAUCGUUAGUUUUGGAUAUUUAAUGGAAUUUGAUGACAAUAUAUGGAAUGUAUAGAAUUAUACUAGCCCCAAUCCUCUAAUAGCACAUUAUAGUGUCUCACACACACACACACACACACACACACACACACACACACACACACACACACACACACACACACACACACACACACACACACACUCCAUACAUUACUGGAAGGGUAUUUAGGGCCAAGGUCAUUCGUCAGCCAGGCUCUUGUCUGUUCUCUACUCUAAUGAUUGUAUCCCCUCCACUCACCAGGAGCCUGGAGGAGUGUGAAAAUAAGCCGCCUUCCAUCAAUUGAGAUUCAAGAGAUGCUCCAACAAAUGUGUGUAGCCUUGACUCCCUUGAAAGCUACUCUUGCCCUGGCACCCUGAGGAAAAUUCAGUUAGGAGGUCGCCCAGCCUGAUCCAUGAGCCAUGUAAAGCAUUUUCAAAUAUAAAAUACUAUUUAGCCUGUGGCUUGGCUGAAUAGUUGAAUGUUAUUAUUUACUGAGAGAUGUGAAUCCAUAUAACCAUAGACUGUAUUUAAGAUAAACAUCCCCGACUGAGAUGCCAGAGGAUAAUUGUUAAAUUUUUUAAUGAUAAGGAGUGCCAUUAGGACCUUAUGUUGUCUGGACCGGUCCCCACAGACAUUGCUGCUGGGAAGAGACGCAGCCCUGGAAGUGGCUGACAAGCAAAACACAGGCCGAGAGCCCAGGAGAGGUGGCCUGCUGCCCCGCUUGGUUACUGAGACAGAGAGAGACGCACCAUCGAUGUUAUUUGUUGACAGCAAACUUAUAGAGGAGAGGGCACACAAUUAUCUGAUUGCAGUUCGAGCAAUUCACCCUUGUGGUGUAUAUUUAUUUCUCUUCUCUUUUUGUGACCAAGGAUAAUUCUGCUUCAUACUCUUAUUGACUGGCACCUGUUUUGACAGGAGGGGGCAGCAGGGUCGUUGUGUAACUUAUUGGGUCCUACCCUACCCCCUUAUAAGUCUAUGUGGACGUCUGUGUUUACUGUUUAUGUGUGUUUUCGCGAAGAUGCAGCUCAGAAUGGAAGACACCCAUUUGCAGCCGAGCUUUCGGAUUUCAGUGUCUUACCACUGUAAGCCAUUUGUCGUCAUUGCUGCAGGGUUCACCUGUCUAGAGUUUAAAUACACCACAGAUACAAAGAGCUGUUUUAUGUACUGUGUAACUUGUACGUUAUAUAUUUCUAUACUCUAUUUCUACCCUUUUCUUUGAUUUCUACAUUUUCUUUCGCAUCAGUCCCUUUACCAGAGGCUGCUGGCUUGUACACAGUGUCUCCCUGUCUGUCUCUCCCUCUUUCUAUCAGCCCCUCUUUGCCCUUUAUGGUUGUCCCUCCUAUGGUUGGUCCCUCCUAUGGUUGUCCCUCCUAUGGUUGUCCCUCCUGAAUAUGAUGAGGAGGGACAACCUCCUCAUCAUAGGAGGUUGUCCCAACAUUUAACAGUUUAAUUGCCUUUCUAACAAACCAGAUACAUCAUGAGCAGGCAGAUGCUUUGUCCUUGGACUGACCCAGGCUUGCUAUAUCCAGUCUUCAAGCUAAGCUAUACUAACUGUCAGCUGAUCAUACCUGGAUGUUUACUGUAUCGAUAUAACAUCUUCUCAUCUAACAUCGAACUAAAUCACAACUGAGCACAUAAUGUCUCUAAACUAUGUCUCUAAUGUCCACUGAUGCGGAAAUUAACGCAAACAACUUGUUGUCAAUGCAGCUAUGAAUUGUUUAAGAUGAAUGCACUGAAGAGGAUGUGUGUGUGUGUGUGUGUGUGUGUGUGUGUGUGUGUGAUAUAUAAUGUGGUGAGCUGCUAGGGGAUGGCUUUCAGCAGACACAGUUUACUGAUGCAUCGAGGAGAGAAGAGAAGGACGGCGUGUGAUGCCACCCUGUGAAGGGUCUCCUCUCCAGGGCAUAAUAACACCCAAAAUAUCCAGUCAUCCCCGAAUAGAUGUUCAAUCACCAUAUCCAUCAAUGAUGCUGAUAUGUACAGCUUGUCUGUGAUCGUCUGAUUCAAUUAUUUAUGAUUAAACACUUUUAUAUCGUC